AUGACCUUGGGCAAGGACUUCUACAGUCGAGACCGUCCUCUGCGCCGAUACAAUAGACUGACCUUCCUACCUGGUUCAACAGCUGCCUGGAAGAUCUUCAAGAGGUUUGAAGAUCCCUUUCGUCGUGAGCACCCCGAACAGCUUGCGCAAGAUGCCAAGCGACAAGCUUACCCUCUCGCACUCAGAGUCAUCGUGUCUACCUUCCCACAACUAGGCUCCAAGAGUGCUCGAUGUAAAGAACACGAAUAA